AUGGAGCAAGAGUCCGAGAAACAGGAAUCCAAGGACCAGGAGCCUGGGAAGGAAAUAGGUGCAUUUGGUGGUUAUCUGAGGAUCUUUCAAUAUGGCUCGUCUAAGGACUAUACCAUGCAAGCUAUUGGCACUGCCUGCGCACUAGGUUCCGGUGUGGGCAUGGCUCUUGUCAAUCUAGUGUUUGGCCAGUUCAUCACACUCACCACUGACUACUCGUCGGGUGAUUCGGAGGCUUCGAAGUUCCGAAGCGAAGCCAGCAGACUCAGUCUUUAUUUCUUCGUCAUUGGUCUUUGUCGUUUCUUCCUCACCUAUGGAUACAGCACACUGUUUACAUUUGCUGCAUACCGGAUCAUACGAAAUAUUCGCCGCGCGUACUUGAAAGCAGGACUGAGCCAGGAAAUUGCUUUCUUUGAUGCCGGUACUAGUGGAUCAAUUGCAAUGCAGGCUACCUCAAACGGACGACUUAUUCAGGGUGGAAUAUCAGAAAAGCUGGGGCUUGUCAUCCAGGGCCUGUCCGCUUUUAUCUCGGCCUUCGUGUUAGCAUUUGUCACUCAAUGGAAGCUGACCCUCAUUUGCUGCUGUAUUGCCCCAACAAUGCUUCUGGCCAUGGGAAUCAGCUCCACAAUUGAAGCUUCGAUUGAAACAAAAGUCCUCAAAGUUCAGGCCCAGGCUGGAGCUUUUGCAGAGAGUAUUUUGGGCAGCUCUCGGACGGUGCAAGCUUUCGGGCUUCAGAGCCAACUGCUAGGUGACUUUGACAAGUUCUUGCAAGCUUCGAGAAAGCUUGGAAAUAAGAAAUCUCCACUUUUUGGCUGUUUAUUUGCCACGGAGUACACCAUCAUAUUUGCAGGAUUUGGCCUGUGCUUUUGGCAGGGUAUAAAAAUGAUAUCCACUGGGGAGGUGGAGGAAGCUGGGGAUGUUUUCAUUGUGCUCAUGUCUGUGAUUGUGGCAGCUACAAGCUUGACAUCUAUAAUGCCUCAUAUGAUUGAAUUCGUCCGGGCUGCCUCUGCGGCGUCAGAGCUAUUCCAGCUCAUGGACCGAGAGUCGACGAUCGAUCCAUUCCACGAGUCCGGAGAAAAACUGACGGACGUGAUGGGCCAUCUCGAUUUUGGUAACGUCUCGUUCGCGUACCCUACACGCCCCGACGUCAAUGUGUUGAAAGACUUCUCACUGCGUAUCCCUGCGGGGAAGACAACUGCACUGGUCGGAGCCAGUGGGUCUGGCAAGAGCACUAUAGUUGGCCUGAUUGAACGAUGGUAUAAUCCUUCGUCGGGAACAAUCAAGCUUGAUGGUCAGCCUAUCGAGCUGUUCAACCUGAAAUGGUUGCGUCAGCAGGUGAGACUUGUUCAGCAGGAGCCCGUUUUAUUUGCCGGCUCAGUUGCAGAGAACAUUGCCAAUGGCCUUGUCGGUACGCCAUGGGAAAAUGAACCCCCAAUCGAGAAGCUGGCCCGGAUACAGGACGCUGCUAAAAUUGCUUUUGCCCAUGAUUUCAUCACUGAACUUCCCAAUGGGUACGAUACCGUCAUUGGGGAGAGAGGUGGUCUAUUAUCCGGUGGUCAAAAGCAACGUGUUGCAAUUGCUCGCAGCAUUGUUUCCCAGCCACGAAUUCUUCUUUUGGAUGAGGCAACCAGUGCACUUGAUCCUCAUGCCGAGGAAGUCGUUCAACGGGCACUAAACAAUGUUUCGAAGGGACGCACAACAAUCACCAUUGCACACAAACUAGCUACUAUAAGAGAUGCUGAUAAUAUCGUCGUCAUGGAGAAUGGCCGUAUUCUUGAGCAAGGUACGCAUGACGCCCUUUUGGAAUCGAAUGGCGCCUAUACACGGCUGGUGCGGGCUCAGGAUCUUUCUGUGGCCACACAGGAUGAAGAUGUCUCAAAUAGUCAGGAUGAAAUAGACAAAGGAGAUCAUGUUACACUGACUGGUGAAUUGACCCGAUACUCGACCCUCACGAGGUCGGCUUUGGAGAAGCAACAGAGUCGGGAUGAUUUUGACAAUUGGAAAAGAUUGGGGCUUCUUCAAACAGUCUGGCGAUUGACGAAAUCAACUCCAGAGCUUAAUUGGACUUUUGCAAUUCUGAUUCUGGCUUGCUUGACAGGAGCUGCUUCGUAUCCUGGUCAAGCUAUUUUGAUGUCAAAGUUCAUCGACGUAUUUCAUUUCACAGGUGCAGCCAUGCGGACGAAAGGGAACUUUUUCGCUCUCAUGUUUUUAGUUCUCGGACUUGGAUCUUUUGUCGUCUAUUUUGUUAUCGGGUGGACAUCAAACAUCGUCGCACAGACAAUGAACUACAAAUACCGGAAGCAAGUCGUUAACGAUAUGAUGAAGCAAGAUUUGCAAUUCUUUGAUCGCACCGAAAACACUACAGGGGCGCUGACCAGCCGUGCCGACUCUUAUCCGCAGGCUGUGUUUGAGCUUAUGGGGUUCAAUGUUGCUUUGAUACUGGUUGCAAUUGUUGGUGUAUUGUCAUGCUCUAUCUUAUCACUUGUAUACGCAUGGAAGCUUGGUCUUGUCAUUGUCUUAGCAGGACUUCCACCGAUGCUUAUUUCCGGUUACGCUCGCAUCAGAAUGGAGGCUGCAAUGGAUCACAAGAUUUCGAAACUAUUUUCCAAGAGUGCAUCCAUUGCCUCGGAGGCUGUGAAUGCCAUCCGGACUGUGUCUUCUUUGGCAAUUGAGACGUCUGUUUUGGAGCGAUACACCCAGGAACUUGACCGAGCGAUUGCCACGUCCACGAAGCCAGUGCUUUUCAUAAUGCUUCCUUUUGCAUUCACUCAGACUGUCGAAUACUCAUUCCUGGCACUUGGCUUCUGGUAUGGAUGCCGGCUUGUCUCAUUCGGAGAUUUGAGCCAGACCAACUUCUACAUAAGCUUUCUAAGUGUGUUCUUUUCUGGCCAGCAAGCUUCAAUCCUUUUUGGCUUUUCAAGCAGCAUGACAAAGGCAACUCAUGCGGCCAAUUACAUCUUUUGGCUUGAAGAGCUUCAGCCCACCAUUCGAGAGACCGAAGAAAACCACGACAUUGGCCCUGGCGACUUCAAGUCUAUGCACUUGGAAAACCUGCAAUUCUCUUAUCCAAUGAGACCCCACGCUCGUGUACUACGUGGCGUUGACCUUCAUAUAAAAAAAGGUCAAUUUGUUGCGUUCGUUGGAGCAUCUGGCUGUGGAAAAAGUACUAUGAUCAGCAUGCUCGAACGCUUUUACGAUCCAAUAGCUGGCCACAUCAAAGUUGAUGCCCUUACAUUGGACCGCAUGAACCCGUGGCUGUACCGAGGCCAAGUGGCACUUGUUCAGCAAGAGCCCACCCUCUAUCCCGGAACCAUUCGCGAAAACGUCUCCAUGGGUACAUCGACUGGUUGCGCGUCAGCGGUUCCUGAUAGUGAUAUUGAGGCUGCCUGUCGGGCUGCCAACGUGUGGGAAUUUAUCUCUUCUCUACCUGAUGGCCUUAUGACUCUCUGUGGAACCAACGGGUUACAGCUUUCUGGUGGGCAACGUCAACGCAUAGCUAUUGCCAGAGCUUUGCUCCGGAAUCCACGUUUGCUCCUCUUAGAUGAAGCGACGAGCGCAUUGGACACUCGGUCAGAGAGAAUUGUCCAGGAUGCGCUGAAUGAGGCGGCUUCUCAAGGGGACAGAAUCACAAUUGCGGUUGCCCAUCGCUUGUCGACUAUUCGCCACGCGGAUGUUAUAUGUGUCUUUGAAGGGGGCAAGAUUGCUGAGUCCGGAACUCACGAAGAGCUACUAGCGAAAGGACGACUCUAUCCGAAAAUGUGCGAGGCUCAGAACCUAGGCACUUGA